GCCACUGCCGGGGCGAAAAAGAGGCAUUGAUCGAGGGGUGCACCGUGAUAACCAAAAGCGACACAAACUGAAGCGAACCACCGACAGCAGUAGCAAACAACAGGCCAACGGAGUCCGGCUCGAAAAGAGCGCGCUACCUGGUUCUUGGGUUCGAAGCCGCCUCCCGCCGAUUGUUCAGCGCCAUUUCAGUUCUGCACAGAGAGCUCUCGCUCAGCAAGGGAACCAAGCACAGCUGCUCUUUCGAGCGCCAUCCAUUGUACACUUCUUCUAGAGAGCGAUGUCACAGAACGUUGGAGCAUCAGCACCGACAACGGCAACCCCCAGACCAGUCGAUUUGCCGCUGCAACUAGGCUUGUGGAGAGAAGGUCGGCGGUCGCCAGAUCUUAGAGCAAUCAGGUUGGUACUCCGCAGUCGCUGCCAGGAGGUGAACGGCGUUAAAGCCCCGACUCAAAUUCUUGAUUCCACAGAUCUUGACACAGAUUUUUGGCAAAUUUGCCGGUGGUUCCGGUGAAACCCGGAUCGGCCGCACGUAGCAGUGUAGUUUUGCCUUAUCUAUUGUGCAAUAAUUCAAAAUUUCAGUGCGCGCGAAAGUUUUGGUACUGAAAAAGGCAUUAUUUUUGGCAGAACCAUUCACUUAAGAUAACAGGUGCACAAAGUGCAAAGUGAUCUCCAUCGCCAAUCUGAGACCUAUGGCUGAAGACUAUUCAGUGCGCUCGCCACCUCCAAGCCAGCCUUUUCAAAGCAUGGACAAGGUGAAAAUCGUUAACCGUGCUCAACAUGAAACGAUCAUGAAACUCAUUGAAGCGGUCAGGAAGUUCCCCGUAUUGUACAACUCGAAACGUACCGACUACCGAGACGUUGAUCUCAAAAGGCACUAUUGGCAUCAAGUGCAGGCAGAGACUAAGAUUGCGACUGUUGAGGAAUGCCAGAAGCUAUGGAAAACCCUUCGCGAUCGUUUUAUCCGCGAGACACGUGUUUUAGAAAACAACGAGAAGCUUACUGGGUCUUCGGAAACUGCAGCAGCCGCAGCAGUAAGAUGGCCAUACUACGAGGCGCUAAUGUUUUACCGAAACUGUGGACGUUCACCAAGGUUAACAUAUUUGAGCUCCUCGUCCACUUCAAGCAGCUCGACAACUUCACGUCGGGUUUCACUGCCACCUCCGGCAGUGCUCAACUCAUCUGGCGAAGACAAUAAUACUUCCUCAUCACUUAAUUCCACUCAGUCUAAUGAGGAACAUCACUUCCCCUCUCAUCAGGCUUUCAUUGAGGCAGUUUUUCGGCAGGCCCAGACACGCCUUGAAACCCCCAGCCCGUCGUCCUCACAAGAGUCGAUACCUUUGGCCCUUGCAAGAGAUCUUUCUUCACCAAACCUCUCACAUCACUAUGGUCCACCGAGUCCACAGGUGGCUGUUGCAGUGGUACGACCGAUUAGUCCCGGCGCACUGGUAAACGCUACGAGCUCUAUGGCUUUAGUUUCGUGUGAAAGUAGUACGCAGUCAAUUCAUGAAGAAAGUGGCAAAUCAUUGUUGAACGACAGCAAUAGGUCUGACAAAUUCGCUGCUCGGUCGAUGGAAAGAGAUGAGAGCGAGACAAAACCUGCCACCAUCACAGCGAGGACGCCAGAUGAUGUACGUGAUCGGGGUCGCAGUGUCAGUAAGGCUUUUGAGUGCAAUGAUACAGGUAUCGAUGGUCAAGCUUUGAACCUAAGCGUUCACGGCCUCAAUCGAUCAGUAAGAGAAUUUGCUGACGAGGAACCUGAACCUAAAAAGCAGAAAACUUCUGAUGAAGAUGAGUUAUUUGCUUUAUCAUUGGUUCCCUCAUUAAAACGUCUCGGGGCGAAAGUAAAAUCGCUUACGAAAAUUAAAAUACUUCAACAGCUUGUUAUGGCUGAGUUCGGAGCCGAAGAGGAAUGCCAAGAAUAAAUUAAUCUUUCUAAAACGAGUAAUUCAGCUGGGUAUCACUUGGUUAGACUUCAGUUUAGUUUAUCUCACUGGAUUUCGCAUAAAAGUAUUUUGUGUAAAAUUGCCGCUAAAUAAUCCUUUAGCAGAACGUUCUGUUUCUAUGAUGAGGAGAUUAAGAAUACACUUUAAUCAUUUUUGUUGAAGCCUUUAUUGGAAAGCAAAUUGACUAACCUUUUAAGAGAUUAUACCAGUUCCAAAAAUUCUUAGUUGAUAACCAGCAAGCUCUUCUUUGUUUCUCAAGGUGAACGCUAAAUUAUUAAGUUUGUCACACACACGUAUAUAUACAACAUACACUGUGAAUGGAAUAUACAUAUGACUUACAGUUGUAUAAUAAGUCCUACAUACGCCAAAUAGUAGUUUGUUAUAUAGUAAAUAAAUAUAUGAUCUUAAAGUGUGCCCUCGUUUGAAUAAAGAUUGGGCUGUA